AUGGCGUUACCUCCCCCAAUCAUCUUAGAGAUAGCGCAUUUGGAAAAUCAACCUCCUGUUUUUGCACCAAUACCGCCAUUUCUGAACUUUCCACAAGGAUACCCACAUAAUGAUAAUAAUUUGAGUAAUGAGGACACAGAAUCGGAAAAUUAUAACCAACCAAGAGAGCAAACUCCAAACAUCAUCAAUCUGGCAAAUUCUAAAAAUGGAAGAAUCAUGGACUAUGUUAUCCCUGAUUUUAAGCAAUUAAAUUCCGGGAAAGUUAGGCCACAUAUGACAUCCCUCCAUUUCGAACUAAAACCGAUUAUGUUUCACAUGUUGCAAACAAAUGGACAAUUUUCCAGAUUAACAUCGGAGGACCCACACUCACAUUUAAAAUCUUUCAUGGAAAUCACUUAUGCUUUCUUGAUCCCGGGAGUGUCUAACAACGCUCUAAGACUCACUUUAUUUCCAAUUUCUUUACGGGAUCGGGCAAAGGCAUGGUUUAAUUCAUUACUACCGGGUUCUGUGCCAUCAUGGACUGUUCUUGAUGCAUGGGAAAAGUUUAAAGAGUUGUUAAGGAAAUGCCCACACCAUGGCAUUCCGUAUUGUAUUCAACUCGAGACAUUCUACAAUGGGUUAAGUUCCAUGGCUAAACAGAUGUUUGACGCGACUGCAGAAGGGGCCUUUACAGCUAGUACCUACAAUGAAGGGUAUGAGAUCUUUGAAAAGAUUUUGGCAAAUAAUGGACAUUGGGCUGAUCCACGUGCUCAACCGCAAAAGAAGAUUGCUGGAAUUCACGAUGUAAAUGCAUACACUGCAUUAACAGCACAACUCACUUCCAUGGCCACCAUGCUUAAAAACCUUACUCCUGGCCAAGGAGUGCAGCCAGCUGUUACUACACUUAUUCCAAAAGUCCUCUCAGUGCAAUGUGUUUGUUGUGGCAGGGAACAAUCGUAUGAACAUUGUCCUCAUAAUACUGAAUUCAUAAACUGUGUUCAUAAUGGAUCUGGUCCUUAUACCAACAAUUACAAUGCCAGUUGGAAACAACACAUGAACUUUUCUUGGAACAGUCCAUGUUUAAAUCCACCCGCACCUAAGCAGCAAGGAACCUCUAAUUUUCAACCCCAACAACAUGUAGUCACAUCUCAAGAGAGUGAACGCAUGAGUAAGAUUCAAUAUGCUUCAGCAACUGGAUCUAUCAUGUAUGCCAUGAUAUGCACUCGACCUGAUAUAUCGUAUGCUUUGAGCAUGACAAGUAGAUACCAAUCUAAUCCAAGAGAUAGUCAUUGGAUUGCCGUCAAGAAUAUCCUAAAGUACUUGAGAAGAACAAAGGAUUCAUUCUUGGUUUAUGGCGGUGAAGAAGAGUUGAGUGUAAAAGGUUACACUUAUGCAAGUUUCCAAACAGAUAAAGAUGAUUUUCGAUCACAGUCCGGUUUUGUGUUUUGCCUUAAUGGUGGUGCUGUGAGUUGGAAGAGUUCUAAACAAGCAACAGUAGCUGAUUUUACAACAGAAGCUGAGUACAUCGCAGCAUCAGAUGCAGCCAAGGAAGCCGUUUGGAUAAAGAAGUUUAUUUCUCAACUUGGAGUUGUUCCUAGUAGUGAUAGUCCUUUAGAUUAUGUCAAGUUUCUCAAAGACAUCUUAAGUAAGAAGAAAAAUAUGACCGAGUAUGAAACUGUAGCUCUUACUGAAGGAUGUAGUGCACUUCUGAUCAACAAGAUACCUCCUAAGCUUAAAGACCCGAGAAAUUUCACUAUUUCUUGUUCUAUAGGUGGGAAAGAGAUCGGGAAAGCUUUGUGUGCCUUAGGUGCAAGUAUCAACCUCAUGCCUUUAUCUGUUUUCAACACCUUAGGCAUAGAAGAAGCUAGACCUACCGUUGUUACACUUCAAUUGGCCAACAAAUCCAUUGCAUAA